AUGAGCCCUUACGGUCUUUCCGGUUAUAAUCCCUACCAACAGAUGAUGAUGGGGUCGAUGAUGAAUCCCUAUGCGUCUAUGAUGACCCCGGAAACUGGGGCGUACGAUAUGAAUUACAUGCAGAACUACGGGCUGAUGGGCGGCUAUGGCAUGUACGGUGGAAUGGGUCAAAUGGGUCAAAUGGGUCAAAUGGGACAAAUGGGACAAAUGGGUCAGAUGGGUCAGAUGGGACAAAUGGCUCAAAUGGCUCAAAUGAAUCCGAUGGCCGUCGGCGGAGCGAUGGGCGCUGCUGGCCAAGGCGGUGGAUGUGGAGGUGGAUGUGCCGGUAAUAGCAACCAAAAUGGAAACACUAAUGACAAUUCGAAUACGUUAAAUCAAGGCAACUCUUACUCGUACCGGACAAUGUAUGGAAAACGGAGAAAUUCCCAAUCCAACUACGGGACCGGCGGAUGGAAUCGGGAGAAGUUA